UUACAGCUAAAACAUUGUCAGACAUACACAUCAAAUACCAAUAAAAAACUUCAAUAUGCUGAAACGGUCCUUAGUAUCAAAAAGUUUGGGAUUUGCAAAUUCUAGGACUUUUGCUCCAUUUGUAGCUAAGCGAUUUGCUUCUGAGCCUGGAUUUCCCCCAGAGAAACAAUCAAACUCGAGUGCGGAAGAAAAUAAAGGAAAAGAAGGAAAAAGCUCCUUAGCAAAAGAAUUACUUGAAUUGAAUGGGAUAAAUGACGAUCCAUAUGCUGGUAGUAGUGACAAAGGUCCCGAAUAUGUAAGCUCAACUAUGCAGCGCCGUGAAAAACAGGCUCGCUACGCGUUCUGGGGAUUUAUGGGUGUGCUCGGCGGUGGUGUUCUUUAUUAUGGCCGCAAGUAUGCCGAAGAUGAAAAGGAUUUGGAAAAGAAAUUUCCUGCUUCUGGCUACUCACCCGUAGAUUGGUGGACUCGUGUGAAAGCACGCACUAAGAACUUCUUUGCCUACUACCAAGAACCAGCAUUUGAAAAGCUUCUUCCUGACCCUCUUCCCGAGCCAUAUAACCGUCCCUACACACUUGUUUUAGAUUUGGAUGAUUUGUUAAUUCACGCUGGUUGGACACGUGAACAUGGUUGGCGUACAGCUAAGCGUCCUGGUCUUGAUUAUUUUUUGGGUUAUUUGUCCAUGUAUUAUGAAAUUGUCAUCUUUACCAACCAAUAUUUGGCAACGGCCAAACCUAUUAUUGACAAGUUGGAUCCUUAUCAUGUUAGCGUCAGCGCUGUCUUAACUCGUGAACACAGCAAGUAUGAGGAUGGAAAGCUGAUCAAGGAUCUUUCUUACCUGAACCGUCCCCUUUCGAAGGUCAUCAUGGUCGAUACAAACCCUGAUGCUUUUUCAAAGCAACCUGACAAUGCGAUUUCCAUGGUUCCUUGGAAAGGUAAUCACAAAGAUCGUGAGUUGGUCGGUUUGAUUCCUUUACUUGAAUUUAUUGCCAUCAUGGAUAUUCAAGAUGUCCGUCCUGUCUUAAAGAGCUAUCAAGGCAAAAACAUUCCUCUUGAGUAUGCUCGUCGCGAAGAACGACUUCGCAGUCAGCUUAUUGCAGAUUGGCUUGAGAAGAAAAAACAUGCCAAGUCUUCCUUAUUUGGAGGACGACAAGCUUCUGAGCAGCCGCCAAAACUUUUGAUUGAUAUUCAACGUGAACGCCAAAAAGCCGCUUAUGGCGAAUUUAAGAAAUAUAUUGACGAACAUGGACCAAAAAUGCUUGAAGAAGAAAAGGCUCGGGAGGCUGAACAGAAAUAUAGCAUGUUUGAUAUGAUCUUCAAUAGUGAUAAAAUUCAGCAACAACAAUUAGAGCAGCUUCAGCAAACCCAAUCUGGUUCCGCUUCUGGACCAACCAAUUGAGGUAUUAAUAUUACUUCAAAACUUUUUCCUUUUCUAAUAUGGAUUUUAGUUCUAUAUUAUCCUAACCUUCUUCGGUUUUCUGUUUAAUAUCUCUUUUAAUGCUUUUCUGAAUGAAAACUUUUAAAAAUAAUUUUGGAAUAUGGUAAAAAGGUCUUGCCCAAUAAACCAUCUACACGUUCACUACCAUGCAUUUCUCGCUGUCCUGCUUUGUUAAUAAAAGCAACCUUCUUCUGCCUUCUCUGAAUGAAUUUUGAUUUCUUGGUUAUUUUGGUACUACCUCUUUUUUAAAACCUGUUGUGCUUUCUACUCUCCCUGUUCCUUAUAUCUUUGCUAUAUGCCAAAAAUAUGCCAAAAAGCCAAUAGAAUAUAGUUGAAAUUUAUGUCUUCGCCUUGUUCUUAUUUUGUAUUCCACACUUUUAAUAUCCAUAUCUGCUAUAGAAUUCAUGUUUACACUCAUUGUUUACCGUUACCUAUUAUGUUUUUGGUUUCGUCGUAGAAGGUAACAUUCAGUGAUUUGUUACUUGGUUUAUUGGACGUCGUUAGUGCUACGCAUCGAAAGUUACAAGCCGAACAUACUCAGAACCAACCACCUUGUAGGAUAUCAGAAGAAUAAGAAAGAUAAAGACGGGUAUUUUCUCUGAAUUACAUUGUAAUUUCUUACGAAGAUUUAUAAACG